AUGGAAGAGAAUUCAGAACCUAGCGUAGCAAACUUAUCAGAAGUAGAAACCGAAGAAUUGGAUCAUGUUCAAACAAACAAAAAAAAUAAAAGAGGGCGGCCAAAAAAUCCACUUUGGGAUCAUUUUGUUGAAAUUAAUCAUCAAGAAAGUGGGCAUAAAGGUUGGAAGUGUAAUUAUUGUCACGAAGAAAACUUACGUGCAUCCGAUAUAAAUAUGCAUGCACAUUUGGGGCUUAUUUGUCAAAGUGCACCACUUAAUAUUAAACAAGAUUGCUUACGCAAUUUUCCUGCACCAAAAAAAAAAAAAAUUAUACACGAAAUUGCUAGUGGUGUACAACCACGAAUUGAUAGCAAAUUUCAAAAUAUCAGUAUAAUGGACCCUGGACAAGAACAAUUAUGUAAUAAAGCCUUAAUCCGAUUCUUAGGUAUGAAAAGUUUAGUAUUUCAAGAUAUUUUGCGUACAGCUCUUGAAAUUUGGAAAAAGCUUGGAGGUGGAUUAGCAACUGCUAAUAUACUUGUAGCGCAAAUAAAAAUGUAUGAUGCAUUUGAGCCACCUUAUAAUUAUACUUUUAUGGAAAGUGUUGAAUCACCACAAACUUGGUGGUAUG